CUAAAUUAAUACAUACAAAAAAUAUAUAUGUUAUCCACAAGUAUUUAAUACGUAAAAAAAGAAUUAUCCGAUUCCAAAGUUAUUGCAACUAAAGAUUACCAUAAAUUCCAUUCUUACAGGUAAAUGCUCAACACCCACGUAAGCUUAAAAGUUGAUCAUGAUUAAGUGCUUUCUGGAUCGUCUCAUACCUUAUCAAUUAAUCCAUAAUCUCAAAAAUUAUAUCGAGAUUUUUCAAAUACAAAGGAUUUACUUGUUACUAAUGAAGUCUACCCUCUACUCUUCAUUAGAUCCUGUAUUCACUCCGAUAGUAUCAGAAAUCGAGUCGAUGCAGAGGAAAUGAAUGCAUUUACAUACUAUUAAUUUUUUAUGUUUUUAGCUAUUUUUUAGUAAAAAAUAGCUAAAAACAUAAUCCUGAUUAUGUUCCAUCCCUUAAUCUCCUGGAUUUUUGGAUUUUACGGAGCCCACUCAUCCACGACAUCGUCGGGUAUUAUGAUCAUAGAAAAGAUUCUCUUCAAGUGAACUAGCCUAUCCCCUGUAUGGGGCUUACACAGUGGUUGGAACAAAGACACAUUUGGUUGUGAAUUCCAAUGUAGCAGAUAAAGUCAUAUUUCUGCACGGCCCGAUCAAUAGUUCAAGUCACACACUCCCAUAAUCCAUUUUCUCUUCAUAGAAUUCCCUUCAACUUUUUAUGUCAAAAAAAUAAUACAAUAUUGUGGAGUUGAAGGGAAAUAUCCAAAUACAUGUCUUAUUUUUUUAAUAAUCCAUAUUUAUAGCAAUAAAAUACGAUUGUUCCUUCACCAAGUAAUAAGAUAACUUAGUAAUUAAAAAUAUCUAGAAUCUAUAUUAUUUAUAAGGGACCAGAAAUACCUUGUUUACGUAUCAUUAAGAAAUGCAUUAACAUAAAUACAGCCGUAAGAAGAGGUAAUACAAAAGUUUGUAAACUAUAAAAACGAGUCAAAGUGGACUCAACUCUCCGUAUAUAUACUUCAUCUUCACGGGAGGAGUUCUUCUACUCAAAAAAAACUCAUGGCUUCCUCUACUUCUCCUAAAAUUGUCUCUCUCUGCUGCUCCAGUUACUCCAUCCGGCCUCCGCCACUAAACCUUUUGACUCUCUCCGGCUUGGUCGUACCACUCAAUUCAUUGUUGGCCGUCUCCUCCGCUUCUGGGAUUCCCGCAACAUAAAAAAAGGCGGUGAGUUUUAUUGGAAUCACACUGCUCGAUCUUCCUGGAUGAAAAGAUAACAGAUUAGAUAAACAAAUCCAAACAGAGGAGAAGUCGCAAAGAAUUUGAGUCGGUUUAGACCUUACCUAGAUUAGUUGGGAUCUAUUGUAGUUGAUCGCCGUGACGAAGAACCCCUAAUUUCAAUGGACACCCUCAGAUCCAGCCCUGGAUCCCUGAAAACUCAGCGCAUUGUUUCCCAUUUUCAUUUUGACGAUCAUGGCUAUUCCAGUGGUGCCUUACACCAUGGUCAAGUUAAGCCGUGCUGUCUCCAAGAAACAAAGGACCAUUCGUUGUCAAUGUCUCGAGUGUGACAGCUCUGGGAAAUAUAAGAGAUCCUUAUUUAAAAAGAUCUCUAACUUUUCUACAUGGAGCAACUUGACUCUUGUGUUACUAUGGGUCGUGAUCAUUUUCUUGAUUUAUUACACUAAGAACAUGAGCCGUGAGGUGCACAUUGCCCAGAGAGGUGCCAUUACACCAUUGAUUAAGACGCUUCAGUCAUCAGAUGAGCAGGUCGUGGAAAUGUCAGCUUUUGCUCUUGGUCGAUUGGCUCAGGACACACACAAUCAAGCUGGCAUCGGACAAAGAGGAGGCAUCAUCUCACUACUAAAUCUUCUUGAUGUGAAUACUGGAUCUCUCCAACACAAUAUUGCAUUUGCUUAGGCCUUGCAGAUAACGAGGAAAAUCUAGCAGAUUUCAUUAAGGCUGGAGGUAUCCAAAGGCUUCAAGAUGACAACUUCACCGUUCAACCGACUAGGGAUUGUGUGGUGAGGACAUUGAAGAGGCUAGAUAACAAGAUUCAUGGGCCUGUGAGAAUCUAUUUCUGUUAGACCUUCUGGUUGUUAGUUAAGUAUAGCCUUGGUUUUAGUCCCCUAAUGCCAAACCCUUC